UACACUAGCAUCAAUAUUUUUUUUAACUGUGUUGGGCAGGAGGAUGAAAUGAGUCACUUAUUGAUGAUAUAAGGCGACAGCAAAAAGUAAACAACUGCCUGGGUCGCAGUACAGCGGCCCGUAUAAAGGGUGCGCUGCUGGGAGGGAGCGCGUUACAUAAGCGCGCAGCAGCCCGGAGCCCCAGCGGCUGCGUACAGUAAGUAGUCAGAGCUUUAUGGUCUGACAGGUCGCAGAUAAAGCCGAAAGAGUCCGCAUCCAUCCUCUGACAUGUCACCCGUGAAGCUGGAGAGUUCAGAUGAAGCCAGCCCUGCUGAAAAUGGCAAGGCAAAGGAAUGCACCACAGCUCUAAAGGGACUGGAGACUAUCGCUCCUCUCGUGCGCAGCAUGGAGGAGACCCCGGAGCCAAUCGCUACCGAGGUACAAGGCACCAUUCCAUCUUGGAUCAAGGGCAACUUCCUUCGCAAUGGCCCGGGAAAGUUUGAGUUUGGAAAUACUCACUACAACCACUGGUUCGAUGGGAUGGCUAUGCUUCACCAGUUUAAGAUCCAGGAGGGUCAGGUUUCGUACAUGAGCCGGUUCCUCAGGAGUGAUGCCUACAACAAGAACAGCGAGAGGGACCGCAUCGUGAUGUCAGAGUUUGGCACCCUUGCCAUGCCUGACCCAUGUAAAAACUUCUUCCUGAGAUUCCUCUCCCGCUUCGAGAUGAUCGAACCGACAGACAAUGCAAGUGUGAGCUUUGUGAAAUACAAAGGGGACUACUAUGUCAGCACAGAGACUAACUUCAUGCACAGAGUGAACCCAGAGAACUUAGAAACACUGGAAAAGGUUGACUGGAGCAAGUUUAUUGCUGUAAAUGGAGCCACUGCACACCCACACUAUGAUCCAGAUGGCACCACCUACAAUAUGGGCAACUCUUAUGGAAGCAAAGGAGCUCUGUACAAUAUUAUCCGAGUACCUCCAGAGAAAACAGACAGCAAAGACACCCUUCAAGGAGCCCAAGUCCUCUGUUCCAUUGCGCCGGCAAACAAGUCCCAUCCCUCCUACUACCACAGCUUUGCCAUGUCCGAGAAUUAUGUGGUGUUCAUCGAGCAGCCAAUCAAGAUGGAUCUGUUCAAGAUAGUCACGUGCAAAAUAAGGGGGAAGGCUUUGAGUAGUGGCAUCUACUGGGAUCCCAAGCUGGAAACUGUCUUCCACCUUGUCGACAAGCGCACAGGAGAGGUUAGCCCAGUUAAGUACCACACCAAAGCCAUGUCCACCUUCCAUCAAAUCAAUGCCUUUGAGGAGGAUGGAUUCUUGAUGCUUGAUUUGUGCUGCGCGGACGACGGCCAAGCCAUCAACAACUACCUGAUCCAGAACUUACGCCAGUCAGGAGAGGCACUGGAUGAGGUGUACAAUGCUACAGACAGGGCUUUCCCUCGUCGCUUCGUGCUGCCCCUACAUGUGACCAGUGACACCCCAACCGGCCAGAACCUGAACACUCGCCCUUCCAGUGAAGCAUCCUGUGUCAAGAUCAGUUCAGAAAAGGAUGAUGAUGUCAUGAUGAUGAUGAUGAUGAUGAUGAUGAUGAUGAUGAUGAUGAUGAAGAUGGUGAUGAUGGUGUUCUGCAAGCAUGAGAAUCUCCAUGGAGAUGACCUGUGUGAAUAUGGUGGCCUGGAGUUCCCUCAGAUCAACUACGGCAAAUGCAACACUCGAGCCUACCGUUAUUUCUAUGGCUGUGGCUUCAAACACCUGGUGGGCGACUCACUGCUCAAGAUGGACCUGAAGGACAAGACGUUUAAGGUGUGGAAGCAGGAGGGUUUCUACCCGUCAGAGCCUGUGUUUGUGCCUUCACCUGAUGGUGUGGAAGAGGACGAUGGUGCCAUCCUGUCAGUGGUCCUCACACCCUCACAGGAUAAAGGAACAUUCCUCCUGGUGUUGGAUGCCAAGACAUUUGAGGAGUUGGGAAGAGCCCGUGUGCCUGUUAACAUGGCGUACGGUUUCCACGGUACCUUCAAUGCCUCUGCAUAGACCCGUUUCUGCUAUAUCCAAAGUAUUUCUUAUGCAGUACUGAAUACAAUAACCACCAGCGGAGUAUUAAACACAUACCACUGUAUGCCUAAUGCCCCAAAGUUACUGCUGCACUACAUGUAAACGAUUCAAUGCUCUCUGAAUGUUGAUUAACAUCAUAUUUAUAGUUUCCUCAGAGCAGCCAAUUAAAUAACAUUACCAUCAUUGUAAUUAAGUACUUUUUUAACAUCAACUUGAAACUUAACACUCUGUCCUCCAAGGUACAUCAUCAGAGGAGGAGUCAUUAGUUAAAACACAAAGUUUCUGUUGAAAGAAAUUAAUAUUUUUAUAAAUAAUUCUCUUGUGCCUUUUAAUUUUUUUUACUCCAACAGUAUAUAUAUAUAUUUUUACAUGUAUUAUUACUUUUAUACGCCAUAAAUUUGUAAUUAAAUGUAACUUCUGCAAAGAUAAUAAUGUCAUCAUGAUGUUAUUGUUGUGCAUCCUUCACAUAAAGUCUCUGUCGCAUGAAUACAUUUUUUUUAAGAAGUCUUAAUAUGACCAUGUUUCAUGAAAAACUUUUUUAGUUAAUGUUGCAUUUGUAGAAGACUAAUACAAUGUUUUGGGACCUCACAUAGCUUGACAUGUAGGCUGUUCAUAUGAAUCUCACGUCUACAUUGAAAUUUUGUAUUUUUGUUACGAUGUGUCAAAGUGCAUGAUGCCAGACUUAAUUAAAAUAUGUCAAUUAUUUUCAACAGAA